CAACCAUGAAAGCCAAAAAGCUGUUUGUGAUAUUCGCUGUAAUUCUUUUAUCAAUUCAGGCGAUAUGUGGACAAGCAGUAUGGCACGGUUUUCCAUUUACUGUCGCUUUACAUUCACAAAGUUCGCGAUGCACAGGAUCGCUGAUAAGUCGUCGGGCUAUUUUAACAAUUAGUGAUUGUCUCAUAGAAUCAACAACUUUAGUUAUUCUCGGUGCGGCAGAUGCAUCGUAUACAGACGAAAGCACACAAGUCAGAUUUCAUGUUGGCGCUGAAACUUACAGACAUGACCCAAAUUCGCCAUUAGCAAUCAUCAGAUUUUCACCUCAAAUUGCAUUUUUCAAUAACUACAUAAACCAAAUAACGAUUCCAUUUUCAACACCAGAUGCUCUUUAUGAGGACGUUGAUGCAACAGUUCUUGGAUUUUUGGAAGAGCCCGUAGUGCCAGAUGCUGUUUAUUCAUGGAGAGUAAGAACGAUUCAAAAUCAAGAUUGUACGAUUGCACAUCCAGAUAUUGAAAGCGAACACAUUUGUGUUGCCGAUGCUUUACAUUGUAUCAUAAAUUCCGGCUCACCUUUGGUGUUCCUUAAUAACAGUAGAUUUGAGCAAAUCGGAAUCGUUUUUCGUUCGAAUCGAUGUGGUGGGGGAAAUAAUCGUUCAAUAUUUUUAAGGAUCACACCUUUCUUCAAUUUCAUAAGGGCAAACAUGUGAAUAUGGAUGAGGGUAGCGAUGAAAAUGUAUGGUUAUUGGAUAUUUAUUGAAAGCAUUUGAAAGACUAAGAAGAAGCAAAAUUGUGGAUUGUUAUUU